CAACCUUCCUCUGGAAUAGAGGACAGUUUUGGCCAUUAACUCACAGUUUAAACGGAAGGUAAAAUGUUAUGUGGAGACUUUAUGAUAAUAUUAUUAUUAUAAUUAAAAAUACCAAAUUGCAAAUAGAAAAUAAACUGAGUAUUUACACGCAAUAAUCAAGCUCCAAAAUCUCAUAAAAAUAUUUCUUAAGCCAGGUUAAUGUUUAAUAACAAGGAUUAUCUACUAAAAUUACUUUACGUGAAAUGGACAAUAAAUUAGCUGCAGAAUAUGAUCAGAGUUCUUUUCCAUCAAAGUGGUCAUUCUGGAAACACAGGAGAUAUGUAGUUGCAUUUAUGGCAUUUUUUGGGUUCUUUAAUGCAUAUGCUUUAAGAGUAAAUUUGAGCAUUGCUAUAGUUGCUAUGACAUCGGAUAGAUAUGAAACUUUGGAAAAUGGCACCGUUAUUAACAUUGGGCCAGAAUUUGAUUGGAGCAACGAAAUACAAGGCUACAUUCUCAGCUCAUUCUUCUACGGAUACAUCACUACUCAACUAUUAGGAGGAUACUUCUCAGCAAAAUAUGGCGGAAAACUUAUUUUCGGUACGGGAAUAGCUGUAACAGCAGCACUAACUAUUAUCACACCAUGGUUAGCUACAACCAAUGUCUAUCUUUUACUCGCUGUCCGAAUAAUCGAAGGAGUAUUUGAGGGUGUUACAUAUCCAAGUUUGCAUGCAAUUUGGUCUAAAUGGGCACCACCUUUAGAGAGAACCAGAUUAUCUAUGCUUGCCUCGUCUGGUAGUUAUGUUGGAACUGUCGUAGCUAUGCCUUUGAGUGCUUUACUGGCUGAAGCGUUUGGUUGGAGUAGUAUAUUUUACUUUUUUGGUGUUCUGGGACUAAUAUGGUAUACUCUGUGGAUGGUUAUAGUAGCAAAUGCACCUGAUAAUGAUUCGAAUAUUAGCGAUUGGGAGCUUAAAUAUAUUCAGUCUUCUAUGGAAGUAAAUUCUAGUGAUAAAUUACAAGAAAUUACCGUUCCAUGGAAAUCGAUAUUUUCUUCUAAAGCCGUGUGGUCAAUAUGUGUGGCAAACUUCAGCGAAAAUUGGGGCUUCUACACUUUCAUGACACAAUUACCAAAAUUCUUAAAUGAUAUUUACAGUUUUAAAUUGGGCACGUCAGGUUUUCUUUCCAGUCUUCCCUAUGUCGCAAUGUCGAUAAUGGUUGCAUUGUCAGGACAAAUAGCUGAUUUUCUCAUAACUAGACAAUAUCUAACGGUUACUCAGACAAGAAAAUAUUUCAAUUUCUUCGGAUUUGUGGCACAAUUUAUUUUCCUGAUGGCUGUCACCUUCGUAUUUAACAGCACCGUUACAGUAAUGUGUUUAUCCAUGGCUGUAGGCCUAGGUGCCUUUGCAUGGGCAGGAUUCAGUGUAAAUCCUCUGGAUAUAGCUCCACAAUAUGCCAGCGUACUGUUAGGCAUAAGCAAUACCUUUGGAACCAUGCCUGGCAUUAUGAGUCCAAUUGUGUCUGGAUAUAUUAUCUCCAAUAACCCUACGAUUUACGAAUGGAGGGUAGUAUUUUUUAUUUCGGCCGGAUUAUACUUGUUUGGCGCUUUCUUUUUUGUAUCGUGUGCUUCAGGAGAACUACAACCAUGGGCCAAAUCCAAAGAACAAGAAGAGAAUAAACCAAAUUCGAUCAAGUGAUAUUAUAAAAAUAUAUAAUUUAUUAUAAACUCACCGGCAAAAAAAAAACG